AUGAGUGUGGUUUAUAGUCUAUGGAGAACCGACUUCCUCUUGAUAAAAUGGGGGGAUAAUCUAGACCAGAGGGGUUUCCUGGACACCCACUAUCUGAGCGGUUUGAGUGCCAAGAUCCCAGGUGUGGGGUUUGUGAAAAUUCAUGCCACCUGGAACGUUCUCUGUCGAGAGGCUGAACUCAUGAAGCUAAAAAUGCCCACCAAGAAAGUGUAUGAAGUCAAACAGUCGAGCAGCGUAGUGAAGAAGAUCAGCUCCCUGGUCAACAAAGUCCUGGAGCCACUUCACCCUCACGUGGAAGAGCAUCAGCCCAAGAACAUCAAACACCUUUCACACACCUUCUCCCGGGAAAAACAACACCUGUUUGACCUGUCGGACAAAGAUAACUUCUUUGACAGCAAAACCAGGAGUUCCAUAGUGUUUGAAAUACUGAAAAGAACAAAGUGCAAAGCCAAGUACAGCAUGGGCAUCACCAGCCUCCUGGGCCGCGGCGUGUACACGGCAGCCUACCCGCUUCACGAUGGGGAUAUUAACGAGGAGAGUGCAGAAAUCAAUGACAGAAAGCUUUUGUAUGAAGAGUGGGCGAACUACAGCGUCUUCUACAAAUACCAGCCAAUCGGACUCGUGCGGAAGUAUUUUGGGGAGAAGAUCGGCCUGUAUUUCGCCUGGUUGGGUCUGUACACCCAGAUGCUGAUCCCUGCAUCCCUGGUCGGAGUCAUAGUCUUUCUGUACGGAUGUGCCACCGUUGAUGACAACAUACCCAGCAUGGAGAUCUGUCACCCGAAGAACAACAUCACCAUGUGCCCCCUGUGUGACCGAGUGUGCAGCUACUGGAGGCUCAGCACCUCCUGUGGAACGGCCCGCGCCAGCCAUCUGUUCGACAACCCGGCCACCGUCUUCUUCUCCGUGUUCAUGGCUCUGUGGGCCGCCAUGUUCAUGGAGCACUGGAAGAGGAGACAGAUGAGACUCAACUACGAGUGGGACCUCACCGGGUUUGAAGAUGAGGAGGACCAUCCCAGAGCUGAAUAUGAAUUCAGAGUUCUGCAGAAAUCUGUCAAGAAAGAGCAAACCGAAGUGCACAAGGUGGAAAAGUUGACUUGCAGAGAUCGGUUUCCUGCCUAUAUGACAAACAUAGUGGUUAUGCUCCUGAUGAUUGGUGUGACAUUUGCCAUUGUCUUUGGUGUGAUCCUGUACCGGAUCUCCACUAAAGCUGCUCUGCACAUGAGCUCCAGCCCCAUGACCCGGAACCACGUCCAGCUGACGGUCAAAACCACCGCCGCCAUCAUAAACCUGGUGGUCAUCCUCAUUCUGGACGAGGUGUACGGGGCCGUGGCCCGAUGGCUGACUGUUCUCGAGGUCCCUAAGACGGACAAGAGUUUUGAAGAGCGACUCAUUUUCAAGACCUUCAUUCUGAAAUUUGUAAAUGCCUUCACACCCAUCAUCUACAUCGCUUUCUUCAGGGGAAGACUGGUAGGCAGACCAGGGAGAUACCUGUACGUGUUUGAAUCUUACAGAAUGGAAGAGUGUGCUCACGGGGGCUGCCUGAUGGAGCUGUGCAUCCAGCUGAGCAUCACCAUGUUGGGGAAGCAGCUCAUUCAGAACAACCUGUUUGAGAUCGGAAUACCUAAGCUGAAGAAGCUGAUUCGUUAUAUUCGGUCCGAACACGGAACGUUUCAAGAAGAGGAGCGACAAAAGAGGUUCCAGAGAUAUGAGACCGACCAUUUCCUGGAACCUUUUGCUGGACUAACACCGGAAUAUAUGGAAAUGAUAAUCCAGUUUGGUUUUGUCACAUUGUUCGUGGCAUCCUUUCCAUUGGCUCCUCUCUUUGCUUUGCUGAACAACAUCAUUGAAAUACGACUCGACGCCAAGAAAUUUGUGACAGAGCUGCGAAGACCAGUGGCUGCAAGAGCUAAAGACAUUGGAAUAUGGUACAACAUAUUACGAGGGGUAGCAAAAGUGGCAGUCAUCAUUAAUGCAUUCGUCAUCUCCUUUACCUCAGACUUUAUCCCACGAAUGGUCUACCAGUACAUGUACAGCCCUGAUGGCUCCAUGCAUGGAUUUGUAAACCACACACUCUCCUACUUCAACGUCAGCCACUUUGAGGACGGAAAAGGAACCAUGGAUCCUCUGCACCUUGGCUAUGCUGUUGAAGUUUGCAGGUACAAGGACUACAGAGAACCACCUUGGUCAGCCACACCUUACGAGAUUUCAAAGGAGUUCUGGGCAGUUCUGGCUGUUCGGCUGGCCUUCGUCAUUGUUUUCCAGAAUGUUGUGAUGCUGAUGAAUGACAUUGUGGACUGGCUCAUCCCAGACAUCCCCAAAGAUAUUAGCAUGCAGAUCCACAAGGAGAAGAUUCUGCUGGUUGACCUUUUCAUGAAAGAAGAGCAAGGCAAGAUCAACUUAAUGGAGAAAAGUAGCGAGUUCUCAGCCGUCAGCGAGAACAGCAGCAGUCACAACAGCACCAGAACUGUGGCUAAUCUGCGCCCCAAGCAAAAAGCUAACAGCAUCAAGACCUGCUGAUGCUACUCAGAUGGUUCAACAGCUUUUCUUAAAUGCAGCUACCAAAUUUUGGCAAGUCAAAUCUUGGAAGUAGCUUGCGUGCUCAGGUCAACCUACAAUCAGUGAUGUUGUUCAUGUUAAAAACAUUCCAAUAGCUGGGGGGGGGGCAGCUGGUCGAUUAGCAGUUAGGAAGCUAAAUGUGUUCCACAUGUGUUACAGUUUGGGUAAAUGUAUGAGUUUUUUGUUUUUUCAGUACUCAUCUGCCUAAUAAAUGUAUAAUAAUCUCUGUAUGGAAAGUUACAUAGGACAGUGUAUCAGUAAGACUGCAAAUGUUCACAGAUUCAUAAAUUCCCAGACACAUUUAAAGACUUUACCUCUUACUCUUCAUAAAGCAGCCUAUAAGUACAAACUUCGAAUGGUAAGCCUGGAAAAAUCACUAUCAGCACAUUAGAUAGUAAAUAGUAACUAUGCAUUCAUAAGUAAAGAUUAGAGAAGGUUAGAUUUAAAAUGUACUACAUAUAGUAAUCGAAAGUUCGAUUUAACAUCUUUUAUCCUCUUCUUUUUGCUUCAUUAUAUCUCUGUCCAACAAAGCAGAAUGGGACCUCAGAACAUAGAAAAAAGUGUCUGUAAACAGCCUGACUCCAGAUCUGUUGAGGCAGACCAUCUGCGGUAAAAUAUUGUCUGUGGUCCCAGAAAAACGGAAGUAAAACUAAUGACUAAACUAGUUUGUGGCAGACACAGCUGACAGCCAUUUGUUCAGGCCGCUGAACCUCAUGUCUCCUCACAUUUGUCCAAAGGGCCACUGCUUAACCCUUCAGUGUCCAGAGGAUUAACGGUGUCAAACAGCUUCUGGAGGUCCUGUUUUAGCUCAGACUCAUUGUUAGAUCCCACAUGUGAUACCAGGCUGUUUACAGCUGGAUGUGCAGCCUGUCGUCUGACACCGUGUCCUUUGGACAGAACAGUACUUUUGUAUGUUUCCCACACUUGUAUCUUACAUCCUUCACUGCAGCACCACCAGCCAUCAGUCUCAGGUUUAGGCUUCAGCUUCCCUCUUCGACUUCUACUGUCUGAGUUUUUUUCCAGUUUGCUUUGCUGUCUGAAGAGACUAUGUCCAGUUAUCAGAAGGAGAAGCUCCAUAGCCCAGCAAAUCUGUUCUGCAGUGGUGUUUGUUUGAGGAGGUAGAGGCUUCUUUUUUGUUUUUCCACUUUUGCCCAAAUUGGUCCUGCUACUGACGGCUGAGGAACAAAGCUUUGGUCUGGUUGGUAGUGCAGGCCAGCCAGUGGCAGCCCAGAUGUCACCAGGCAGGGCUGGUUCUAACUUCUCCCUGUGAGAUGUGUAAUUCUUCAGCUUCGCACCGAGCACAUUCCAGACAUUACAGCAGGAUUUGUUACUCAAAGCAACACCCGCCCGUUUUCUGUCAGCCCUGCUGGAGCUGGUUAGCUGUCGGUCAGCAGGACUGUGUCCACUAUGUUUAGCCAGAGGUAAAGUUGUAUCAUAUCUACAUAUUCCAUUUACUUCCACAUUCACCACUAGUCGUUGGAUUUUGGUUUCCAGUAUGUUGAAUUUUUAAAGGAGAUUCAAGCAGUCAUCUUCAGAGAAUGGGGGCAUCCUACUGGCAAGACAAGGCAAAUGUAUUUGUGUACAAUUCAAAGUGCUUUACACAGGGUUUAAAAGCAAAACAUUCUGGAUCAGUACAGUAAAAUAAAAACAGUCAUUGGUUGAAUAGGUUCAAAGUGAAGGGUGCAGAUAAAGUACAUUUAGCUGUCAUGUGCACAGUUAAACAGAAGUGUUUUCAGCCUGGAUGUAAACAUCGUCAGAGUCCUCUUCAGGAACGCAGCCUCUCCCGGUUCGGUUCUGACUCUGGGCCCCAGCAGGAGACCAGAACCUGAGGUUCUCAUAGUCCGAGCUGGUUCCUACAGCUCUUACAU